GCAACGUCUCCGAGGAUAAAAUCAAUUGCGUCGGUGCAGUGAAGUCAAGUGGAGUAUUGUGCAAAGUGACGAAGGAGCGUUUCUGGUGAUCGAUGUCAAUGCGCACAUAAGCACCAUGUCUUUAUUACGUUCGUUGCCUGUUCUUAACAAAACCACCAAAUUAAUAUCGCGCAGCGUUCCAGCUGUGUCUUAUCAUCCAAACGUAUUGGAUCACUAUGAGAAUCCAAGAAAUGUAGGCUCUUUGGAUAAGGAUGAUACCCGAGUUGGCACUGGGCUUGUAGGUGCCCCAGCAUGCGGAGAUGUAAUGAAGCUGCAGAUCAAAGUUGAUGAGAAUGGAAAGAUCGUUGAUGCUAAGUUCAAAACAUUCGGUUGUGGAUCUGCUAUUGCCUCGAGCUCAUUAGCCACAGAAUGGGUUAAAGGAAAGACGGUUGACGAAGCAUUGAAGCUAAAAAAUACUGACAUUGCUAAGGAAUUGUGCUUACCACCUGUCAAGCUACACUGUUCAAUGCUUGCAGAAGAUGCAAUUAAGGCUGCUUUGUCAGAUUAUCGUAUAAAGCAGCAGGCAAAAUCAAAAGAUAAUGCUUCGGCUUAAACUUGAAUAUCCGAUAUAUUCUAAAUAGUAGUAAGAAACAUACAAUUAUGUAACAUAUUAGUUGUGGUUACUAUAGCUAGUGUAUGUUAGCUGUCACUAUACGUUUAGAGACUCUAAAGUAUUGAUAAAUUAUGAACUGUGAUCACAAAGUAAAAAAAACUAUUAUAUUUCAUUAUAUAUUUAAAGUUCCGUGUAGAACCAAUUAGCUGUGCUAUAUUUUCUUUUAUGACGGUAAAUAAAUAUAUUUAAUU